GUGUCUGAGAACGAAGUGCGCGUCGCCCAGAAGGCGUGGUCGGAUGCCAUCAAGAACAUCUCCAAGGUCUACCUUGAGGGCGGUGACUACAUCACCGUAGCUGGCAAGGCCGCUGGGGAGCUCUACGCCUACGGCCACUGCAACGUGCUCUUCAAGCCCACCAAGGCAAAGGACUGCCAGUUCCGUCCGAUGGCGUCGCAGGCCAUGUCCUAUUUCGUGGGCAGCCAUGCUGUGGAUGAAGGAAUUCCCGAGGAUGCAGGCUUUGCCAUCAACGGUGGCAAGGGCUGGUCUGAGGUGGUCUUUGACAACCACCAGAUCAACGUGAUGGGCGAGGUUGCUAUUGCUAUGGGAAACUAUUAUUUCACUAGCUGCGCCGAUGGAAGCAAGACCAAGGUGGAGUAUACGUUCGGCUACAGGAAGAAUGCGGACGGCAAGGUGCGAAUCUUCCUUCACCAUUCCUCUGUGCCUUUCACGCCAUCCCCGCCGACCAUUUCGGAGAAGGAAGUGCAAGGCGAGCAGAGGGUAAGCAGGGAAGCGAGGGCUUAG